AUGUUUAAUGAAACUGUGACUGGAGAGGAUAUCACUACGUGGUUGUCCAGAUAUUGCACGGUCAGAGACCAAGCAGUUAAGGUUUUGGACGAGGACGGCAUUUGGAACUGCUCAUGGAGGGUUCAAGUUAAACAACUUGAAUCCAAAGACAUGAGCAGUUACCUAGGCCUCCGUCCAAUUCCGUCUAUGAUUGUGUUGGGGGAGAACCGUGGCUACAUUUUUUACCAGGGAAUGCCCAAGCUCUGUCGCAAAUGUGGCAGUCUUGGGCAUCUAGCCGAAGCAUGCCAGAAUGUAGUAUGUCGUAAGUGUAGAGAAAUUGGACACUCUUAUGAAGAGUGUACAAAUGGCAGACCGUGCAAUCUGUGUGGGGAAACAUCUCACCUAUUCAGAAAUUGCCCUAAAUCGUUUGCCAACAGAGUGAGAAACUUGGAGAAAAUGGCCGCCCGGCCGCAUGGCCAACAAACAAAAGGGGGAGAAGAAGGCAAGAUGGCCGAGGGGGAGGAGCCUGUGGUUUCGGCGGGAACUCCAACCAACCAGGCUGCGGGCUCCGCCCCCGCCCCUAGCCGGGCGGCAGAGCACAGAGCUCACAUGGAGGCAGAGUCGGACACAAGGGAGGAAAAGGAAACGGAAAAUGUAGCGGAAAAGGAAAAAGAAAUGGAAAAUGGAGCGGACAAAGAAAAGGAAACAGAAAUUGGAGCGGACAAGGAAAAGGAGAAGGAAAGGGUGGUGGUGGAAGCACUGGAGGUGAUUCUGGAGGGACAAAGGCUGCAGGAAGAUCUCCUAACUCUGAGUGCAGCCACCGUCCCUCUGGUGCCCUCCAGUGGGGGAGAGGGUGAACAACAUCAUCAGCCGGAGGAGGCUCCGGCUGAACCCCUCCCCGCGCCCCCCAGUGGCGAAAGGGGGGAACAACCACCACCACCGCAGUCGGAGCCUGGUGCUCCGACUGCCCCCUCCCCCGCCCCCCCUAGUGGCGAAGGGGGGGAGGUGCAGCAAGGGGAGCUGCAACAGCUGGGGUCACAGCCAGCUGUUUCUCCCCAAGCGACCACAACGGGGGAGGAGGAGGAGGUGCAGGAGAGGGUGCUGCAACAUCUGGUCAUGGACCUAGAUGUUUCAUCCUCAACGGCCUCCUCGGGGAACGAGUCUUCUGAAGGCUCGAUCCCCUGUGGCCAGACAUCAUCUAAGAGAGCGCUGGAGUCUCCUUCUCCUCAGAGAGAGGAGAAAAAACAGCGGGAGCAACUGGACGGCAGUUCCUCUUCGGAGGAAGGCCGCCAUUGGCCCGUUGGUUCCCCUAAUGCGGUCUCGUAUGCAUGUCCGUCACUGACAUCGACGCCGGCAAAGGGACCGCAAGAGGUCACCUCUGCGAGCCCUGAGCUGACACCCCUCCUCGGCGGCGACCCCUCCAACACAAUGGAGAUGAUAGCCGCCUGCAAGGAGGGGCACAAACAGUCGGCUUGCGCGUGUGGUGUGUUCAAUCACACCACAUAG